AUGUCUAAUUCUUUCCUCCCAUUGCUUCUUCUUUUGGCUCUUUACAUCGUUUCAGCCAUAGCCCAACCUCAUGAAAAUUAUGAUGAUACUGUCUUCACUCUCCAAGUCCCAACAAUAUAUGAAACCAACUUGGACAAUCUCCUAUCUUUUGGUCACUACCGUGAAAGCUGUCCCCAAUUCGAAUCAAUUCUACACAGCAAAUUGAUAGAAUGGAUUCAGAAGGACUACACUUUAGCAGCUAGUCUCCUGAGGUUGCACUUCCAUGAUUGCUCUGUCAGGGGAUGUGAUGGCUCCAUUCUGUUGAACCAUGAUGGAAGUGAGAGGACAGCACAGGCAAGCAAGACACUGAGAGGGUUCGAAGUGGUGGAUGAUAUAAAGGCAGAACUUGAGAAACAAUGCCCAAAGACAGUGUCUUGUGCUGACAUUCUAACUGCUGCUGCAAGGGAUGCCACGGUUGAGUUGGGUGGACCCUAUUGGGCAGUUCCUUAUGGUAGGAAAGAUGGCAAGGUUUCCAUUGCUAAGGAAGCUGAAAUGGUGCCUAUGGGCCAUGAAAAUAUUACUUCCUUGAUUGAGUUUUUCCAAUCCAAGGGCAUGAGUGUGCUUGACUUAGUUGUUCUCUCAGGGGCUCAUACUAUUGGAAGGAGUUCAUGUGGAUCCAUUCAAUAUAGGCUGUACAACUACCAAGGAACUGGCAAACCAGACCCAACUAUAGAUCCAAAGUAUGUUAACUUCUUGCAAAGGAAGUGUAGAUGGGCCUCAGAGUAUGUGGACCUUGAUGCUACAACACCGAAGACAUUUGACCAUGUGUACUACAUAAAUCUUAAGAAGAAAAUGGGAUUGUUAUCUACUGAUCAAUUGUUAUAUGCUGAUCCAAGGACUUCACCUCUUGUUUCUGCAUUAAGUGCCACUCCCAAUGUUUUUGAGCACCAAUUUGCGGUGUCCAUGGGAAAGCUUGGCAUUGUUGAAGUUCUCACGGACCAGGAUGAAGGAGAAAUCAGGACCAACUGCAAUUUUGUCAAUGCUUAUUGA